AUGCCUCCGUUUCUCAACUUCCUGGGCCGAAAGCCUAUCAACCCCAACGGCGGGGAAGCCGACCUUCACCCCGAUACUCGACUCUCUGAAGACAGCCAUCGCUCGACCCCGUUGAGCAUCGGGAAAAGUCAAGAAACUGAGCCCCCCGAGUACAAACUCAGCGUUGUCGAUUGCAACGGUGCUUAUCUUCCACCAUCGCCACCAGAGAAAGAGAGUUUCUGGCGCAAGUCUGGAAUGUCACGGUCGUCCUCGAACCACCGCAGUCUAGUCGACGAAAAUGAGCCGUUCUCAAUAUCGCGCGAGUCCUUCGACUCCUACCGUCGCUCUUUUGACAUCUCCGCGCGAUCGCCCAUAACCUACCCAGACGCCAUGCCCUCGCGCACCUCCCUCGACUCGCGCUUCUCCCGCGUAACCUCCUCAUCGGGACAGCGGCUAGGCGACCGACCAACACCUGAGUCAAUGGAGGAAGACAACUUCGAGGACGUCGGCCUCAACGACGACGAUGACGCAAAGCCCAAGAAGAGGGGCAUUUUCUCCCGAUUCGGCGACUUUUCAAACGACGCAGGAGGAAUUAAGCAAGCAUCACAUAUCGGAUUUCACCUUCCACACCGGAAAAAGGGACCCCAAGCGCCGCCCAGUUCGGAGAUGAGGCCCAUCAAAUCUGCAGUCGCUUCCGAGGUGUCAGAAGAAGUAAAACGCCGCGUCGAUACUGGUGAUGACCGCAAUGGGAAGCGGACGAAGACGAAGACCGCUGUUUCAACGAAAAGCAAAUCGCUGCCAGUCAAGACGCAGAAGGAUUCGAAGACUGUGAAGUCCGGAAAGAAAGACAAGAAGGUCUCUAAGAAAAAGCCUGUUGAGGAAGAGGAGGAUGAUUUCUCCGACGAAGACGACGACUUCGACGUCGAUAAUGUUUCAGAUUCCGAGAUUGAGGACGGAGACGAUGCCGAAGACGAUGUUGAAAUGGACGAUAUCGAUGCGGAAGACGACGAUGAAGAGGACGAAGACGUAGAAGUCAAGGACAAGAAGAAAUUAAGCUCAAAGUCUCAGGAGAGUGAGGAGGCGAAGAAUAAAACUUCCUCCCGUGAGUCGCAUAUCAAACAGAAAGCCCUGCAGCAAGAGCGCAAAGCCGCAAAGCCCAAUGCCGAUCAGAUCGCCCGGUCGAAGAAACUGUGGGAGCGCCUGCGACGCAAGUCGCACGUUCCUCUGGAGGAGAGGAAGAAGCUUAUUGCGGAGCUUUUCGACAUAAUAACCGGCAGAGUCAAGGAUUUCGUUUUCAAGCACGACUCUGUUCGUGUUAUCCAAACGGCGCUGAAAUAUGCAAAUGUUGAGCAACGUAAGCAGAUCGCCCGGGAACUUAAGGGCAGCUACGUUGAACUGGCACAAAGCAAAUAUGCCAAAUUCUUGAUUGGAAAGUUGAUCGUACACUGCGAUUCUGAAAUACGGGACUUGAUUAUCGCCGAGUUCUACGGCAAAGUAAAACGCUUGAUCCGCCACCCCGAGGGCUCCUGGAUCCUUGAUGACAUCUACCGGACGGUAGCAACACAGGAGCAGCAAGCCAACCUUCUUAGGGAGUGGUACGGCGCCGAGUUCGCCAUCUUCAGAGACAACAGCAACAAGACACCCACCGCUGAUCUUUCUAAAAUCAUCGAAGACGAGCCUGCGAAGCGAUCACCCAUUAUGCAUUUCCUUCUCGAGCUCAUCAACCAGCUCAUCCAGAAAAAGACCACCGGAUUCACGAUGCUCCACGACGCAAUGCUUCAAUACUUCCUCACCGUGAAGCCCGGCACUGCCGAAGCCAACGAGUUCAUUGAGCUUAUCAAGGGCGACGAGGAAGGCGACCUCGUCAAGAACCUCGCGUUCACCAAGUCCGGCGCCCGCCUCAUGUGCCUCGCCCUCGCAUACUCCAACGCAAAGGACCGCAAACAACUCACCCGCUUCUACAAAGACACCAUUAAGAUGAUGGCCGGCGAUCUUCACGGCCAUCUCGUCAUCCUAGCCGCGUACGAAGUCAUCGACGACACAAAGCUCACCUCCAAGCUCAUCUUCCCUGAACUCCUCAACCAGAACAUCUCAGACGAGGAAGCCCGCAACGAAGAACUUCUCUACCAAUCCACGGACCUCACAGCCCGCAUUCCCAUCCUAUACCCCUUCGCUAGCAACAACAAGCUCAAGUGGCUCCUCCCCGAGGGCGACAACGCCGUCCUUGACGAGAUCCGCGAAAUCCGCAAAGAAACGUCAAAGAAGGACCCUUCCGUCCGUCGCCAGGAGCUCGUUAAAGCUGCAUCCCCGACCAUCCUUGACUUCAUCACCGCCCGUGCAGACGCGCUCCUUGAAACUAGCUUCGGCUGCCAGUUCCUUGCGGAGGUUCUCUUUGACGCUGACCCUUCGGACGGCAAGAAGGACGCUGCGCUGGCUGCUGUCGCUGAAGCCGCCAAGUCCCGCUCCGACACAAAGGAUUCACCAUUCGUUGGACGCAUGCUUAAGUCCCUUGUCCAGGGCGGACGGUUUAACAGCGCUGAGAAGAAGGUGGAGAAGGUCUCGCCGCCGCUGAACUUCCACGGACUGCUGUAUGAGCAGAUCGGCAAGGAAGUGAUGGCGUGGGCGACGGGGUCGAAUGUGUAUGUUAUCGUUGCGUUGACAGAGUCAGAUGAUUUUGAGAAGAAGAGUGAGCUCCUGAAGGCACUGAAGAAGGGGAAGAAGGCGCUGGAGCAGGCGUCGAAGACCGAGAAGGGGCCUGCCAGUAGUGGAGCGAAGCUGCUGCUAGAGAAGAUUGCGUAG